GCUAGUUACACCAUCACCAGUGAGUGCGCGCCUCCAACUUCUCAGAAGUUCUACACUUAAAGAUUGCAAACUUACACACGUCCUUGAAUACAAAGCUGGAUAAGGGAACUUCUCGUAUUACAGAGCGUGUGUUGAAGUGAACUGGUCUCGUGGAGUACAUUGACAAACUCCAGCAUCAGGAUGCGCGCGAUUAACUUGGACACGUACAGCCUGUCUUUACUGACGGCUAAAGAAGACAUCCUGAACCCCCGAGCAUCCACCAACUGGGCAAUAUUUGCAUAUGAGGGAGCGACCAACAAUCUUAAACUCUUUGAUUCAGGAGCUGGAGGUUUGAUGGAAUUGGUUGGGAAAUUUCAUAACAGCAGGCCCAUGUAUGGACUCUGCAGGGUGGGACUGACAGAAACAGGACAACCACAGAUUGUCAUGGUCUGCUGGGUUGGUGAGAGUGUGGAUGAAUACCGCAUAACAGAAUGUGCCAGCCAUGUGCCUGCCAUCAAGACCUUCUUCAAGGAGGCUCAAUUAUUUAUAACAGCCUCACAGCAAGAUGAAGUGACGGAGGAGAAGAUUACGGCUGCUUUGGCAAAAAUUCGACCACCAAUGGAGAGACUGAGGAGACCCUCAAAAGCAAUGGAGCAGGAGGAGACUGUGGGCACUAACUACAGGAAGACAAAUGCUGCCAUGGAGAUGAGACGGAUUAACAGAGACUCCUUCUGGGCACGUGCAGAGCGCGAGGAAGAGGAGCGAAAAGAGGAGGAACGUCGGAGGGCUGUAGAAGACAGACGGCGCUGGGAGAGAGAAAGAGUUUUCCAGGAAAAAAAAGAGGCUGAAGAAAGAGACCGAAAGAUGAAUGAAAAGCUACAGAUGAUUGAAGAGCAAAGGAGAAUUCAGGCUCAGAUUGAAGAAGAGACUAGAAAAGAGGAGAAAGCGAAAUGGGAACAUCAGCAGAGAAAGCGUGAGGAUGACAUGAGGGCGCGACUCAGACACAGUGAAUCCAUAGAGAAAGCGGCAGUAAAUGAGGCAGCAGCACUUGUUUCUCAGCGCACCAUUAAUGCCAGAGAGUUUUUCAGGCAGCUAUCUGCCUCCUCACAAAACUCCUCAAGCCCUGGAUCUCCACGCUCAGUCAAAUCACCAUUUCGUCGCUAUCAGCGCAGUUUGACGGACACGGCUUUCAUCUUUGAGAGGGCCAACUCCAUUUCUGGUCCCACUUCCCCUCUCAGCCCCACUAUUAAGUCUCCCUUCUGCCGCACCUCAUCCACAUCCUUCAAAUUUCCUGCUUCCUCACUCAGUCCACCCCACUGUAAAAUCCCCUCACCACAGCACCCUCAAACAUCUGCAACAUCUCCUCCCACAUCACCCAUCCAGCACUCUGUCUCACCAGUGUCGCCUUUAACCAGUAUGCAUGUCUUUAAACCACCUCCACCCCAGUCAUCACCACCUAGCCGGCCACCUCCUCAAGCCCAAGAUUCAGCUUUCCCUGCAUCUCCAAAGCUGCUGGGCAGUCAAGAUAAGUCUGAGACAUUCACAUAUGACAUUAGCAAGAAAGAACUUGCUACUGCACCAGAACUUCCUCCAGUUCCACUCUCUGAUGACACUCUGAUGGAUGAUAAGGAGCUUGUAACUGGCUCUCGAAUGCUGUGUGAACUACAGUCAGAAGCAUACCUCACUGUCAAGACUGUGCUGGUUGAAGAAGAUGAAGAAGAGGUGGAGGCACCAGAGGAACUUUCAACCACCUUAACUUCAGAUAACAAGAUCACCACAGACUUUGAAGAUGCAGUGAAAACAGUAGAAGAACAAUUGGAGACUGUGGAUGAGAACAGUGGCAUCAGCCACCUGGAGAAGGUUGAGGAGCAAGAGCUGGAACCAGAGUUAGGGUCUGAGGAGGAACCAGGCUCUGAGGAGCAGCCUGCUGUAGAAUCCAAGGAAUUCUAUCCAAAUGUGGAGCAGUCAGGACCUGAGCCAGCCAGAACUGUGGUACCAACCUUAGAAGAGGACUUAGAAGAUGAUGAGAUUGACGAAGACCUACCAGAAAACCAAGAGUUGUUUGUGAAAACAUCAGAGCAUGAUCUGUUUACUGAAGAUGAAUCAGAAUGUGGCAGACCAGUGAAUGGUACAGUAGAGGAUGUUGAUGUAUCUGAGCAAAGCACACCUGAGAGGUACUGUUACACCAUUAAUCAUGAAGAGGAAGAUGAUGAUGAAAUCCAGACAGAGGUGGUGACUGAGAAUGGCGAGUCAUCACCAGAUAGACUUCUUUGUGUAAGAGCUUUGUAUGACUACCAAGCAGAGGAUGAAACAGAAAUCUCUUUUGAACCUGGUGACAUCAUCAGUGAUGUGGAAACAAUCGACAAAGCAUGGUGGAGGGGAAAUAGCAAAGAUGGACGCCAGGGUCUCUUCCCUGCCAAUUAUGUAGAGACCAUCUAAAAGAGUUUCCUUUAAGAACGGUUCCUCACCCCACUUUUUAUUAAUUCUCAGGGACUAAGAACCUCGAAACCUAGUGUAUGAGGAUAUACCAAGUACUCUGAGACAAGUGUCACAUGAAAAGGGUUUGGGAGUAAAAUUUUUAUAAUCAGAUCUUAGCCAACAAUUCCUUGUGUUCCAAAAACAAGCAGCCAAAAUAGACUGUUAAACCUUUAAUGAACAUCAACUGCAAGAUGCUUACACAGUGUGAGCUUAGAUACUGAUUUAGGACAAUUUCGGUUAGAAAUGUACACAAAUAAUAAUUUUUGCACAUUAUUUACACAUUACACACGUGUAUUAUCUACACAUUACAUCAUUUAUUAUUGCAUGUUUGUUACUGAGGUGCUAAAUGAUACCUAAAAGGAGGUGAAAAUGUCAAUUGGGGAGCGCAGUUUUUGGCCUUGUACACGUAACUCCAACUAACAAUAACAAAUCAGAUGGUCCUGAGUAUAGUAACUUUGUUUCAGAACAAACAAGCAUUAUGUUAUCAUAGCAGUGAUUUAUUUUUAAUCAGUUGACAGUCUUUAUUAUAAGACUUGUUGUAAACUAGAGUAUAUAGACAUAACAUGCCAUGUUUUCUUUGAUGCAAAGAUGUGUUUACUGAAACCCCAGGUGCACACUGUACAGUUUUUAUGGUCCUUUACGAUUGUUGCUGGUCAGACUUUAUGAUGUGAUCCCUGUGAGUUCUUGGGUAAAAGCUAUGGCACACUGAGUGACAUUAGGUCAGACUCUACGGUACACAUUGUAGCCAAGACUUUGGUUCCAGUCGUCCCGAUUGACAGUGCUGAUUGUCUUAUGUCAUUUGCCCAUCAUAGGAGCAGUCACAUUGUGUAACAAUUUCUGACAUGGUCAGAACUUUGUCAGAGGGUAAGAUUAAUAGCAAAGGCAAUCAAUCGGCCGUCGGUGAACAUGUUACACUAAGCGAAUGUAGACUGCCAAUUUUGCCCUAUGACCAGACAUUUUUUACAAUCCCCCAAAUUUGUCUCAGUUGGCAAAAUCAUGUCCAAAUCUGUACAAUGUGAACCCGGGUUUAUAUACGCUAAAAGUUAUUUCCAGAGACCAGCAUGUUAAAGGAAUAGUUCACCCAAAAAUGAAAAUUCUCUCAUCGUUUACUCACCCAUAUAUCCCAGAUGUGUAUGACUGACUUUCUUCUGCUGAGCUCAAACAAAGAUUUUUAGAAGAAUAUUUCAGCUCUGUAGGUCCAUACAGAGCAAGUGAAUGGUGGCUUUAAAGAACUUGCAUUGUAUGGACAUACAAGAUGAGAUGUUCUUCUAAAAAUCUUUGUUUGUGUUCAGCAGAAGAAUGUCAUACACAUCUGGGAUGGCAUGAGGGUGAGUAAAUGGUCAUUUUCCUUUUUGGGUGAACUAUCCCUUUAAUAUGUUUAAAUUUUUUUCUUUUUUUUUUUUUUUAAGAAAUUAAGGGUUUAUUGAUAAAAUAGUGGUGUGGAUGAACCAAACUUGAUGGGGUCAUAAUCCUUCUCUUCCAUCAUUAUGCCCCAGAAAAAGGCACGUCACCAUAAACUGUUACUGUAGUUGUGUUGUCUUGAAACUUCUCUCUCCAAAAUUACAUUCUCUCAUGUUUACUGUCCUGUAAAUACUAUAGAAUUCACGUAUUGUUGGUUUUUCUAUGUAACUUAUUUAUCUCUGACGUGAAAAUAGAUAUAUUUCCUUCUAGUGAGGGUCUGUCUAAUCCUUUUAACCCUUGUAACUUUCAUGGAUUUCAGUAAUAAGUAGUUUUUCAACUAACAAAUUUCACUGAAUGAAUGCAGUAUCAAACAACAGAAGAAUUGCACCAAUACAUUUAGCUUGCUCUUUGCUCUCAUUUAGUCACUUCUUUCCUCUGAGGUAGUACUGUACCUAAAUUAUUUUUUUUCUUUUUCACAUGCAGCAUUAAUGCUUUAUAUUCUUAAUGUCCUGCAUACAGUAGUCACUACACUGCUUUCAUAUUAUUUUGAGUAUCAUGAUCAUCAAGAAACCAUAUUCAAUACAUGUAUGUUAAUGCAUGAGGUAAAAUUAAAGGGAUUCACUUUA